GAUUCAAUAGAAAUUUUAAAAAUACAUUUUUUUCACUAUGGCAACAGCAAUCUAUUGCGUUGAAAGCCAAGUGUGCUCCAUCUGUCCGCUUUAUCAUUUUAUAAAUACCGAACAAGAAUGCCAUCGAUUUUUGGUAGGGACAUCUAAUUUCACGGCAGAUAACAAAAUUCAUCUUUUAGAAUUUCAAGAUGAAACUAACACUUUAGAAUGCAAUGUUGCUUGGAAUCAUGAAUUUCGAAUAAGUGGUAUAUGGAACUCACCAUCGUUGUCAGGGAAAAGCCUGGUAGCGACUGCAUCGACGAAUACAUUUCAAAUACUCCAAAUACCAGAAAACUUGUUGAUGGAACCAGAACAUAUAUUGUCUAUAGAAAAAAAAAUAACGCAAGCCCUGUGGGAUUUAGAGGGACUUCAAACUGAUCUUAAAAUAGUUGAGCCUCAAGCUGUAUGUACUUUAUCAUUAGAAUCUGAUAAGAUUGGAGCUGAAACAUCAUUUUACAGGAUCGGCCCUGAUCAAAUUUUACACACUGCGCUCGACCCACAUAAUUCCUUUUUGUGUUUGAUAUCAUGCGCUGAUUCAGGUUUACAACUUAUUGACUUUCGUUCCAAAGAGGUAAAUAAAAUAGAAAAUACGGACAGAUUACAUGGAUAUCAGGGGGCUUUACAUGUUGAUUUCAGUUCUUUAAAACCCAAUAAAAUACUAACCUGUGGUCAUGAUGGAAUUGUCCAUACACAUGAUUUUCGUAUGAAUUCGAAAAAUACUGUACUAGAACAUAAAAGAUAUAUUCGAGCUCAUGAUCAUGCUGUACGACGUGCAUUUUUUAAUCCUUUUCACGACGAUCUUGUUUUAACUGGAGGCUCUGAUCAUUGUUUAAAAUUGUGGGAUCUUAAUGACGUUGAAAAGCCUAGCUGCAUCCGGCAAUUGAGUUAUUUUGAGGAUUCUGUCAUGGAUAUUUGCUGGAGUAGUAAUGGACCUUGGGUUUUUGCUGGUGCAUCAUAUAAUGGAAAAGUUAUAGUAGACACAGUUCCAAAUGAAAAAAAAAUGAGUAUUCUGCUCGAAGAACAAAAAUAA